GUGUGGUCUGAGUGGAUAUCGAACAGGGUGUGUUCCAUAUAUAUUUAUAUUUUUUUGGUUGUGUCAUUCUGUAGAACAAGUGUUUUUGGAAGGGUUCCAUGAGUUAAAGCAAGUAAACAUAAUGGAAUCGAAACAUGAGUGUUUACUGUAAAUGGGAUUCCAAUUAGAUUUAAUAGAAAAUGGCUCCUCGAGAAAAGGAUGUAGAUGAUUACUGUCGGCUCUGUGCCCUCGAAGUGAAAAAUGGUUUGAUAAUUUACAGCAGUGAGGGAAUUACGCUGAGCCUUGAGGAAAAGAUUGUACAAUGUCUCCGAAUAGAGGUGUCCAAGGAUGACAUGCUGCCCAAGAAGGUGUGCGAGCCGUGCCACGUGAGGCUGGAGGACUGCCACAGGUUCGCGGAGCAGGCGAGCGAGGUCCAGCACACGCUGCAGCUGCUCCUGCAGAUGGCUCCAUCUGCAGCUAAGUCAGACAAAGAGUCUGACAUAAAAGAUGAAAUCGACGAUGUUCACGUGAAGGAAGAAAUGGUAGACUUGCCACUGGAUGUUACCUUGGACUCUGAUGUAGACAGUCAUACUGACAACAAAGAGACCAUCGAUGAUGAACAUAGCACGGAAGAUGUGCGGAGCACCACUGCAUCGCCGUCGCCAGGUAACGAACAGGAGACGACGCCCUCCCCGCGAUGCGACAGGCGCCGCAAGAUGCUGCAACCCCAGAGGGCAUCCAAGCGCCGUCGAAGCUCUGCCCAGUCGGUGAAGUACACGCCUAGCUCGUGCGAGGACAGCGACGAGGAGCGGCCGGGUCCCGAGCAGGUCAAACACGAGGAGGAAUACCAGGAGGACGAAGAAGAACAACAACAACACGAGGAAGAGGCUCUGCAGGAACUGAAGCUGGAAGACGACGAAAUGGACGAGCUGAGUUCUCUCAGGGAUGUUGGGCUGCAGGAAGAUGGAAGGACAGCAGGUGAGACAGCUGAUGAUUCACACGUGAGUGCCAAUCCUCAGGACUGGCGGAAGACCCACUGGGGCAUCAAGUGUGACCACUGUGAACAGCUGUUCCCAUUCAAGUCCCAUUUCGACAGCCACUACCGGUCGACCUACGGCAAGAAACCCGUUUACAUGUGUUCCUUCUGCAACAAGACGAUGGAGAAGUACUCUACCUUCCGCUCGCACUGCUAUCGCCACGUCACGGAGGGCCGCUUUAGGUGCGAGCACUGCGAGAAGGGGUUCAGUCUGCGCAGCUUGCUGCGUGUGCACGUGCUGGCCAAGCACACGACGGUGAAGCCCUUCAUCUGUGAGGAGUGCGGCAAGGGCUUCGUCACCCGCCCGGGCCUCAACAUCCACCAGAAGAAGCACAAGUUCAGCGAGCGGGCAGACUUCCCGUGCAAAGAGUGUGGCAAAAUCCUUCACACGAGGGGCGGGCUCACGGCGCACCAGAAUGUCCACCGUCUGGGCCGGCGUUUCAUGUGCGACGUGUGUGGCAAGACGUUCACGCAGAAGGUGAACAUGCAGCAGCACGUGAAGCACCACACGGGCGAGCGGCCGUACGCCUGCGAGAAGUGCGGCAAGUGCUUUGCGGAGAAGUCCCACCUGAACCGACACUACAGCUUCCACAGUGAGAAGCGACCGUUCCAGUGCAAGGUGUGCAUGAAGAACUACAAGACGGAACGUUGCCUCAAGGUGCACUCGAUGGUGCAUACAGAUGCCCGGCCGCACGUGUGCACCUACUGCAGCAAGGGCUUCCUCAGCACCACCAAGCUCAAGCAACACUACAACAUCCACACGGGCGAGCGGCCGUACGCUUGCAAGUUCUGCGAGCGCACGUUCACCAACUACCCCAACUGGCUGAAGCACACGCGGCGGCGGCACAAGUCGGAGCCCGGCGCCAUGCGCACGGGCCAGGCCGUGGCGCAGGCCCCAGGGCCCCUGGGCCCGGGGGCGCCGGUGUGCGAGCUGCCGGACGAGAGCUUGCAGUCGGCCGUGUGCCUGGGCGACCCCGGGGGUGCCCCGUACCUGUACGCCCAGCCACAGGGACCGCUCUUCCCGGACCACAUGCUGGGGCUACACAUGCUGCCCAUGUGAUUGCACAGAGGCAGCUGUAGCCAACUGCCAAGUACAUCGUAACAACUAAUUAUUUUACAUUCAUGCAUUUUGUAUUUAAUGAAUGUCGAAGCAUUCAGUUUGAAGGUGGUCAUGUUUGUGAUAAUUAAACCACUCAGAGAUUGUGUACAAUUAGUAAAAAUGUGGUAUAGAACACGGAAAUUAAGAAAAAAAUGAUAAUGGUAUUUUUUUUUUGUUAAAACAAUUAUUGAAUUAGUGCUGGGCCGAUAUUAGUUUCAUUUUUGCAGAUAUUAAUAAAAUUCUAAUUAGAAGUUUAUAAACCGGAGCCGACUUUUGUCGGAAAAUUAAUUACUAUUCAGUUGAAUAACAUUCUGACCAAUGGGUCAUUAUUAGGGAUGGUGAUUUUUCGUUUUCGCGAAAUAGAUGCGAAAAUAUGCUAAAUCAUAUUUUUUCCACUAUAAAAUGCGAAAUCAAGACUAUUCCGAGAUAAAUGCGAAAUCAAGGUAAAAAAACGUAGAUUUCUCUUCACUCUACACAAUUUAUUUACCGAUUGUAUUUAGUUUCAGUUCAGUAUUAAAAGAAACCAUCAUUUGAUGGCGUAUUCAGCACAAGUAUCUUAUUGUCACGUCAUUCACAACAACUAUUGUUCGUAAAUAUGAAUGAAGAAUGGCCAUACGUGCCUCACGAUUGUAAACAAAGCAAAGAAAAACUAGCUGGAAGAUUGUCCGUUAUCUUGCAGAGUACAAGUUUUUAGGCCACCAUAUUGCGACAUCUCUGCUUCGCGGCGCCCAUUUUCUCGCUGUGUUUCACGUGAAAGCCGCAUUCUUGUGUAGUCUGUGGAAAGUGGUGUGUUUACAAAUACACUGGAGUCCCGUUAUAGCGAGGUGUCACGGUUCCGGGUUUGAUCCUCGCUAUAACCGUGUCCUCGCUAUAACCGAAUUGGACAGAUUUUGGCCCCCAAAAAAUAAAAAUUAACCGAAAAUAGCAUAAAAAUUGGGUUUAAACCUGUAUAAUUGGAAAAUAACAGGUUAUAUGAACGAAAUAUUAAUUUCUGUGGGCAGAUGUGUGAAUUCUCUUUAAAACGAUAACCCACAAGUACGGAUGCAAUCACCAAUUGCGUCAAAAUAACCAGAAUACCCUAACACGCCACGUAAGUAUAGCAUCUCAGCCCGCAAUCGACUACUCGACUUGGCCCGCGGCCGACGUAGCAUUGUGCUGCUAUCUAUUGUCGACGCGGGCUGUCUGCUGGCGGCCAUGUUGGUUCGGGAUGUUGCUAACAGGCGGCGCUAAUGUAGCGCGACAAUUUAAUUCCUUACAGAAAAGCAGGAGUGUGGCAAUGCACGUACGCCUCAAAACGAAAUAGUCGCUGGAAAACUAUUCUUUUUUCAUUUAAAGAAACCUGUUAACUUUUUUAGAAAAUAAAUUUAAAUUAAACUCAAACUGGACAGAUACCCCAACAACUGACCGAAACAAAAGUUACAAGAAAACUGUCCUAGCUAUUCGGAAAUCAAUACGGUAGUGCCUUCUAUUUGUCGGAUAGUAAAAUAAAUAACGUGACGUGAUUGUAAAUGUGUCACGACUGAAAUAAUUCCAAAAAUUGUAUAAAUAUUUGUGUAUUAUUAACGCGAUCAAUUAGCAACAAGUAUAAAGACGGCUCUGACUUUUUGGCCUAACAUAGUUAUAAACAAUGUUAUUAUUCGUUAAUGAAAAAGUCCCAAAAAAUUAAUUAAGAGCAUUUAUAUUUAAAAAAAAGUCCACAUUGUUAUAUUUAAUGGCGGGAAAAAAUAGAUUUUCUCUAUUUUCUAAAUAAUAAGAAAUGCGUAUAAGUAUAUGUAUAGUCAAAGGCUUGGUUUAUUCGAGUCGAGCAUACCUGAAGCCAGCCAGUGAUGCUGUGACUGUGAAGUCGCACGCACGCACUGAGUUUGGGCGUUUGGAUGAUAGCCGGCUUAUCUUGUAGCGACGUAGUCAGAAACGAAACAAAGGGACUGCACUCUUUGUAGCCUAGCGGUUGCAUUACACACGCACAUAUCCCCAGCACGUUCAGCAUUUGUUAUACUGAGUUCACAGGAAUAGAAUAAUAAUAAUGAACAGACAACUAACGGAAGUUUGAUAAAAGAAAGGAUGGGAUUCUAUUUUUAAAGCCACGUACUUAGGUGGCGACUGCGAGGUUGAAGAAUGUGACAGGUGUCAACGGCAAGAUGUCUAAGGGUUGGAGAUAAAGCUGACAAACCACCAAAGCGCGCUUCACGCGAUCACGCUAUAAAUUCUUCAAAAAGACCUCGUUAUAGCCGUUUUCUCUCUAUUACCGUGCUCGCUAUAACGAGAUUCUAGUGUACGUGCAUACUCGUGAAUGUGUUGUUUAAUGUUAUUUCCCGUGGUAAAAAUGGGACGAAACGUAAUUUCCAUUCGCGAUCGCAUAAAUGAAUACGAAAGUGAACAGUUCUACGAAAGUGAUACAAAUAUUUUAAUGUGCAAUUUAUGUAAUCACCGUCUGGAAUGGAAAAAAAAAAAGAUGUACUUGAAAAGCACAUUAAAUCUGAGGGACAUCAGGCUGCACAAAAAAGAUUCACUGAGAAAUCGGAUGAAGAAAAAAAGUCAGUAAAAUGGCAAGCAACGGUUUCUGGCAUGAUCGAAAACCAAAAGGCGAAAAUUGAAAAAACAAAAAAAAAAUUGAAAAAACGAGUUUCAAUAACAUUAUUUGUGCACUCUACAUCAACUAUGGCCAUGAACACGGCUAAAAAAUAUUUAUUGUAAUUUUAAGUAUUCAAUUUAUUGCACUGGUGGGUAUCAUAUUUACCCACAGAAGAGUCGCCUUUGCAUAUAAAUUGGAUCAUAAAAAUACAACCUUUUUGCCGUAAGGGUCGCCCUCAAUUAAGUGUCGGACCAUAUAUCUGUCUACAUUAAAGUACAAGUGAAGUCUGUUCCGUAUCUCAGCUUAUUGGUGCGUAAGAAAUAUGGCACUGGUGUUAAUCUUUGAUCCUCUUUUUGUUUGCUUUCUGUGCUUCUGUUUUUCUGUGUAGAAGGGAUUGAGGUCAGCCCACAAUUCUCCACCUCUCCCCCGGCUAUUGUAUUUUUUUAAACCACUCCACUUUCAGUAAAGAAAAAAAAGGCAGCAAGCUACCUUUUCUUGUCAGUUUCUUUUAUAAAAACUAGCACGCACGCACCUUACCUUUGGUGAGAAAUUUGUGCGGGAGCUGAAGAAUGUAAAAAGCUGGGCCUUGAAGUGCGGCUUUCAAAGCACCAACCACCAACGAUGGCUGUAAUUUUGUCAUGGAAUGUUGCAUCCUAAAAACCUGUCGAAAUAGACACGUGGAGAUUGUGCCAGUUCACGGACAUUUACAAGUGUGGGGUAGGGCGGGAGGGAGGGAUAACUGCCAACACCGCUACAGGGCCUCAUGCACUCACAGAACACAUACAUACAAACUCGCUGGUUUAUUUUAAGAUUUUCCCCCCUCCAGCCGAAUGCCAGCCCAGCAAGUCACAUCACUGCGAAUGGUUCGGCGGCCGGGCAGACGUUGCACAAUGGUGUUAUUCACAGUGCUUUUCACGCACUGCUAGGAUAUUUUAACUAAGCAAUUUAUACUUACUCGUAUAUAUACUUAUUAAAAAUCAACACAGUAAAGUUAUUUACAUACAUAUUCAAGACACCGCAAUUAUAAUUUUUUUCCUCAAAGUUAUAAAUUCACAUAAAAAGUCACACUACACUUUUUUAAACUAAAAAUCUGCAUAAAAUAUGUGACCCAUACCCAUACGUGAGUAGAUACGGUAAGUCAAUAUGACUCAUCAGAACCUAACAAAAGGUGUAACACUCAGGAGCAGGGCAAGAGAAAGUGGGAAUAUUAGUAGUACCACACUCUUCACUCUUGGGAUAGCUUUAAUGAAGGUGUUCAACACUGUUGCAUUUUUUGUCGUGCUGGAAAAAACAAACUGUUUUCUCUCAAACUCAUUAUUUCAUUCUUAGAUUCCACCUAAGACAUGGACACUAGUCAAUAAAGAAUUUCACUAGAACCCCGAUCUUAUGUAUGCUCAUGGUUCCAAUGAUUGCAUUUGUAAAAUCACUAUUGGGGGUGGCCCGUUUUCACUCCUCCUCCCCUUCUCUCCCGAAGAAAAAUAUUGUUUAACUUUUUGAACCAAAUAAAUCUUGUAUUAUUGUGUGUAUUUGGUGUUAAUAACUAAAGUAUCAUUAAAUAUUAAAUACUAUUAAAGCAAUGAAAAAAAUAAUCUCCGGCUACGGCGUGUGAACGUGGAAUGCACGCUGGCCCUCGCCAACAGGCAAACAGGCGGCCGCUCACUCGCCCCACCACCCACCCUCCUCGCCGCUUCGUCCGGUUUCCGAUGCUUGCGUCUCUCCUGUAGCAAACAUUAAAAAAUAUCUACUGUACAUUACAGCAUGUCAAGUGGUGUAUUCGUACCUGCCUCUCUUACACAUUGUUAUUCCUAUAAUCACAUGAGUAGUGAUCUCUUCUAGUUUUCAACAGCACUACUACUACCAACCUGGUUGUAUUUUGUUGUAGGUGUACACAUUUAAGACAUUUCUCACCUAAAAUAAACAAGCGAACCACGUACAGAAGCAUGUAGUAUUUAGCCUAGUUCUCCUGCUUCAUACUUUGCCACCACUGAUACUUUUCUCCUCCCCUCUUUUAUUAAUACUACCCAAGGAAAUGCCAGCAUUCAUUCCUUAUGGGAGAGAUGGAGGAGGGGUGAUAAGAGCAACAGAAAUACUACUGAUUAGAAUCCACUUGCCCAAGGCUUGGUUGAUUAGCUGGAAGCUUCUCCUUUUCGGCUUUAUAACUUAAAUUUUAACAGCUCACCAUUAAAAUUGAUUAAAAAUGCACAUUACCAGAAUCAAGGGGAACAAGCACAUACCUAGUUCCAUUUACACCUACACUGUUUCAUAAAAGUGGUCAUAGGCGUAUGUGGUUAAGGAAAACACUGCGCUGUAAUGACAAACGCAUUCAUUAAAAACACACUGUACAUUUUAAUGUGAGAAACCCCCGUGAAUUUUUCUGAAAGUAAUUGUGAUUUAUUUGUUCGUCUAGAAGGUUGAAAUAAGCAUAUGCAGUUGAUAAACUAUGAUCGGUGCCUACAAACAGCGUCACGUGUGUCAUAUUUGAGCACUGUUUACUGGCGAACCUCCCCAGCAGACGGGAGGAAUGUGACAUGUGUUAAGAUAAUACGUACUGUGGGUUGCUGGCGAUUAGCUCAAGGGAAGGAAGUCACUGCUGAUCAUCUUUUCUUUCUUCUCUCUUGCUGUACACGGUUGCAGUUGCUAUGCGUCAUGUGCCGCAACUGUUGGAAUGCGGAGGGAAAUGUGAGUAUAGUUCAUUUGCGGUAAAAUAAAUAUUUUUAUGGCCCUGCUAAAUAAAUUUUUCCUUUAAAAAAAUUUCAAAGUUUGUGGUUUUCCAUCAGAAAUGCCACAUGUGACUAAUAAACACAGUAUGCAUACCUAUUCCAUGUUUUUUUUUAAAUUUAAUUUAAUGUCUGAUGCCAUAACAACUUGUACAAACUUUACUAACAAUAAAUGGUUCUUGCAUGGGCCUUACAAAUAUAUACGUAUAUAUAUUUUUUUAUACCAGGAAUAGACUAUACAUGGUGUUUUGACUUUCGUGGGGAUGUUUACAGUUUCUCAUGGAAAGGCUGUACAAGGGGAGUGAAUGUUGGAAUGUUGAGAGGGGGAGACGAGAUGUUACAUGUCUCUGAGAGGAAUGAGCUUUAGUAAACCAGGAGAGAGAGGGGUAAGCCAUUUGUCAUGAUGGUGCCGCUGCUGUCAGCCUACCUUUGCGCGCACCCAUUUACGUCUCAGAAGCUACCGCUGCUACAUUAUUAAAGGAAAUGUAUUCUUCCUCUUCCUGUUUUUUUUUGGUUCUUCUUAUAGGAACAUAAUUGAGAGUAUUAAAGCACUCACAUAAUAUGUGCUGUGUGUUGAACAAAUAACCAAUUUUAAUUUUUAUAAGUUUACACUGUGAUUUUUUUCAUUUUUUAAAAUAUAUUUUGGUGUUAAAAGUUUCCGACUUUUUGAUGGUCCCAAAAAAUGUAUUCGUAAAAUAGCUGCUUCGUAAAUUCAGAGUUCUAGUGUAUUUACUACACUUUGUAAUAGGAAUAUUUAUGUAGCCUACAAAUGUCAUAUCCUUCCAUCUGUUAAGUUUUGCUUCUAAUGUGCAUGGUGACCAUGCACACUUUUUUUAAUAUUGCUCAGUUUAACAGAACCAUGGAAUAAAAGUGAAAAAGACUCCUUAGGAAAAAAAUUCCAAUUACUGGAUCACUGUGAUUUUGUGUCGAGUCCACAAAAAUCUGUGAUUAAAUUUCCCUGACUUUCUAUAGCAAAAAUUUCAAAUUCAUCACACUAUUUUUUUUAAAAUUGUUGAAUACUUAUGCAAUAAAAAUAAAAUCCAGCCUCCGCCAUCUCCGUAGCGGACUAGCUUUCUAUCCACUGCUUUUAUUUCUUUUCAUAUAUUUUUUUGAACAACAUUAUUUGCAAAAAAAAAAAGAUAUAUACAUAUAAUGAAAAAAUACACAGUAUGAAUGUUUUACGAAAAAAUAAAUAAAAUUUAUAAAGUGCUUGCUAUGCCCUUUUAGUUUGUGUAUGGGCAUGACUCUGCACUAAGUAAAACAUCAUCUGAAAAAAAAACAAAAAAACUUCCUCAGUCUUGGUUUUUGCAGACCGGAGCAUGACAUUUCCCCCUCAAAUUAUUAUCACAAAGGAAUUCACGUAACUUUUUCAGGAUGUAAAUGAAAUUCCUUGAUUAAAUCUAACUUUCAUGUAUUACCAGAAUGUGGACACCUAAUAUUAAUUAAUUUUACCUGACAUUUCAAAAUUCUCAAAAUUUGUAUGAUCUUGACAGCCAAGAAACAUGUAAUGAGUUUUUGUGAUAGAAAUGCAAACCAUUUCUUGAAGUAGCCAGUGGCAUUGCAGUUAAUCCUAAAAAGUUUCAGUUCUGCAAUAAAUUAAAUUCUCAUUAUUUGUACAACCCAAAAAGAUUAAAAAUGUAACUUUGGCAGCUAGUUAUGCAAAAAGUAUGCGACUAUAUAUAUUUUUCAUUUCGUGAGAUUUAAACGAUUGAAAAUGUCUAAAAGUUGAUCAGUGAUUAACAUAAAUCUAAAAUCAUGACCUGGAACGGGUCAUACACCCUUAAAUGUUGCUCACAAAUUUGGUUACUAUUAACUCCUUUGUUAAUUUUUUUUUUUUUUUAAAUUUGGGUUCAAUUUUUUGUAAUAGUAUUGUUAUUGUAAAUACAGUGGAACCUAUUAUAUAUUUUCACAUAUCUACAAAAUAUUUAACAGUCAGUAUUAAUUAUGUUCAUUAGUUCAUUAUUAAGUACCAAAACCUGGGUAUUUUCAUGUAUACUGUAAUGAAAUUUAUCUGUACAUACAUUCAAAAUGUAGCAUGAGCACAUGCAAUUGAAUGUAUGUAUUAUUGUAUGUGGAUACAAGUGUUUUGAAAUCAUACUCUUGCCAUGUUUAUAAGAUGAAAUUAGUAUUAUUUAUCUUAGUUGUAAAUACGUAAUCAAUGCAAUAUGUGAUUAUAUUUUUAAAAUAAUACAAAGGUUUUGUGUAAAUCAAGUUUUUCGGAUAGCUUGAUCUAAAAGUAUAAGGAAUUUAAAUUAAAUCCUGAUUUUGAGAUUGGGAACUGGAAUAGGAAUUGGUAGAUAUUAGAAAUCGGCCCAACACUAACUAAAAAUUUCUUGAAUCAUCCUUUUUAAAUUUGGCAUUUAAAAACAUAAGUUUGCAUUACAUGAAUAGUACACCAAAAAGUAGAAACCCAUAUGAAUUUUUGUAGUGGUAGUACGUAUUUAUAGGUGGACAUUGUCUAAAUUUUUUCAUUAAAUUUUUAUAGGUCAGCAUUCUAUGUUAACAAAAAUAUUUGUACGUAGUUAAUUUCUAGAGGACUAGUUGUGUGUUGAUGGAACUUUUCUACAAUGCUGUAUUACCUGUGUUAAAUCUGAUACCUGAUACGUUCAGGUCAUUUGUACUGUCUGAGACACGGCCAUCACUACGGGGUGUCUCAGUAGUUUGAUAUUUCACAUUCCAAGUUGUGCUGCACAGUUUAGGUCAAACGUGCAAGACUGAUGUAUGUAUUAGAACCGAGUCUGCUGCUCAUAUGUUCAAACUUCCUGAUAUAGUCAAUGUAUAGAGACAUCGGAGACAAUUUACGUGAACAUUUCAGAUAGUAAAACCGGUAUGAGCUGGCUAAAUUGAAAUGUUACUUUCACAAGUGCUGGCAGUAUGUUUUAUUUAGUUAAACCUUGUUUUAAUGAAUAUUCACUUCCCUAAGAGUCGUCUGUGUGACCAACUUGAGUGUACUAAAUGAUACAACCAAAUUUCUAACUUAUUUAGAAACAAACUAAAUUGCAUAUAAAACUUAUUUAUUCAUUAAAUGACUUUUUUUUUUGCAAGUCUCAGUUGGGAAAAUUAGAUGUUCAGAUUAUCAGUUUAUUUCAUAAUUUGAUGUGUUGUAAGUAAAAUUACACCCUAACUGUACAGAAGCUUAGGUCAAAAUAGGCAGAAAACUGGGUCAGCUGACUAGCAUGUGGUGUGAGAAAGCAUAUGCUUUACUGUUUAGAAAAUGAGGCAGCGAAACAUUUUUAAUAUUAUAAUGGGCAGACCUGUUUUUAUGAAAACUAUAAUUUACAAUAGAUAUUGGUUAGCCUGUAAAUUUCCAAAAUAUCACAAAGAGUUACAGUUUCACUGAUCAGUAAAUACCAUGCUUUUUCUUUACAGCUCAACCUUGAUAAAGAUCUGUGAACGACUGAUGGUUGUGAUGUCACUGCAAAAUGCUUGGUUUACAAAACAGAGUUUUAUGCAUUAUGCCCACAUGAAGAGGGUUAGGGCAAAGCAUUCUUAUUUCUUCAGACUCCAGACAAGCAAAGUGCAACGAAGGAAAAGGUAGCAGCAAAGAAUGAGCUGUGCACUUAAAGAAUAGCAACCUACUUGCUUGUGCCCAAGUUUUGAUAUAUUUUCACGUGGUUGAGAAACACCACUUUAGAAGUUUAAAUUAUGUAAUUUAAACCAUUUUAUUUUAUAAAUUUGCAUUGACAAAUGAAAAUCUGGCCUCUGGAAGUUUCCAACACUUCAUAGAAAUCUGUAACAAAUUUUAAUUUCAGACAUUAAAAAUAGCAAGAAAAAUUGUUUAAAAAUUGGUUGUAGAAUUUUAUGGUCCAAAGAGUAAAGUGAAUUUUAAUGUUCUGAAACAUGUAACAGUAUCACAAGAAGUAUCAGGCUGCUUCUCAUAGGAAGACAUGCUUAGAAAUAACAUAUUUUUUUGUGGGUGCAAGCACACUUUUUAUUAAAUUGUUGGACUAUCUGUCCCCUUGUGUCAAGAGACAGCAGUGUAGGUAGCAUUUGUUGGUGGGGUUUGGGGGAGGGAAUGCCCCCUUCCCCUCCCUGUGUACAUCCCUGGCAAGACAGUUGUGAACUGUUGAGUUGUUUGGCUGUGUUUGCCUUCUGGCCGCUAGGUUUACUUGUUAAAAUAUGUUAGCCACCAGUUUGCAGUUCAAUUUUUUUUGUCUGAGGUAGAAUUGAAAAUUGAAUUAAUAGUGUUGUUCCGUAGCAAUACGUACAUAUCAUCAGUAUUGAAACCUGCUUGAAAACCAUAUAGCCAGAGCAUUAAUGUUUUACUAUCAGCAAAACAGGCUCAGAUUUUUUUUAUUAAAUAUCAUUACAGAGAGUUUUGUGCCUGAAAUAAAUUUGCCCUUGUCUAACUUGUGUGGGGGUUUUUGUGGCAAUUUAAGCAUGGUUACAAGUAGUACAUACCUAUCCAUAAGGUUUGCUAUGGGAUUUGCAUUGAAUUGCAAUUUGUCAAGAAUUUCGUGUUUCCUUGAGUUUUAAACAACAGUAUUAACUUUCUGGAGAUGAUGUUCCUGUAUUUGUUUAAAAAAGUUUUUUUUUUAAUAUGCAUUACUAAUCAAAUAAGUACUAAAAGGUGCCUGAUUUAUAAUUAGCAGUGUAGACUGGGUUGAUUGUGUGAGAUAUACAUAUUUCAGCAUAGUACAAUUUACACAGAUUUCAUUCAGUUUUUAAAAUUGAAUUUGUAACAAACUUUUAAUUAUAAUUUUGAAUUUAUAAUUUUAUGGAUAAAAAACUUCUAUUGGUUAUAAGAUGAAUACUUUUUUUUUGAUUGAUACAUAUUUUACGGUUCUCAGGGGAAAUUGUUUUUCAACAAUUAGGGAUGUUUAGAUUAUAGUAAUAUGUACCUACCUCAGAAUAGCAAAUAUCAGCAGAAACAUGAUUGUAAGUCAACAUUGUGUGCUUUGAAUCACAGCACAGAGUUCAACUGAUUAAUAGUAGAUGAGAUUUUGUUUAAGCUGUGUUUCAUUCUUCAAAUUUUUUAUGUUUUUAUCAUUUUAUUACUUUUGUUUCAGGGUAGUAACAUAAGUUUUAUUUAUUUUAGGUUUUAUUGAUAAAUAUGUCAUUAGAUACUACUGUUAACAACAUUAUCUGAUAACUGUAAUUUAAGAAAUACAUACAUAAUUAAAUUUGAUAUAUUAAUUGUUAUGCUCAUUAUUCAGUAAAAUGUUUAUUAUGCAUUUAAAAAAAAAAUUUGCAAUGCAUUCAACUAAAGAUUUUAAGUAUCUGUGUGAAUAUUAUACAUCAGGCACAAUAUAACAUGUAUAUUUCAGUAUGCAUUGUGUGGACCCAACUGUGCUAUGUAAAACACACCCCUUUACUUUAUUUAAGCCUUCAGUAGUCGAUGGCAGAAAAAGUUGUUUCAUCACAUGAGAGGGAUUUCUCCAUACCAUGUUUUUUUUUUCUGGUUACUCAUCUAGUAUAGUUUAUGCACUAAACGUUCUAUUCAUAUAUACUUCACUAUAUGUAAGCUAAUAAGUUUAUUUAAUUGAUGCAAAAAAGGAAAACAAUGAAAGAACCGUAACAAAUUAAGCAUAUUCAAGUUUUAUAUUUGUGACUUAUCAAAUAAAAUAGCCACGCCAGUUAAAAAAGAAAACAAAUAAAUUGAAUAAGCUCGAAACACAGCAAACAAUUUCCAUUCAAGCCCAUUUUAGGUUAAACAAUAAAGGUUAUUCUAGGAAUCUGUGAAAAAAUCCAAGCAUCAUUAGUUGCUUCAUGAGACUGUUGCAGGUAGAACAGGGGAAUAAUAAUAUGUUUAUUGGCUUAUCAUCAUGCAAUAUAAUUUAAAUUAAUACCAGUUUGUGAUGAAAGGCCAUAGAUGAACUCAGCUGCAGAGGAAACCAGAAUUCAGAUUGAAGGUGUCAAGAAAUACUCAUAAUUUUUUUUUUAAAGUGAAGGAAAUGCUUAUUUAGCGACCCCUGACAGGUUUGCAAUGGACACCUUGUAUGGGUUUUGCUCUUUGUUCCAAUUCUUGAUGUACAGGUGAUGACACGAUUUCUCUUUUAGGUUUCUCUACAAGUCACAAUUUUAAAUAAUGCUAACAAAAGUUAAGUGAUUGAAUAUAUAUGUAAAUCUCAUUGAAAAACCAAUUAUUUUAAAGAAGUUGUUUAAUCAUUAAUAGCUUUAGCUGAUAUUAUGUCUACUUUGUGAUGAGCUUUACCUGUACAUAUUGAAAGCCAAGGCGGCAGUUGUAAUGGUAUAUAUUUAGCAACUUGACAAUACUGUCAUGGAUAGAUAGAAUGAUAUUUUUAUAUGAAUUAUUUUAGCACUUAAAUAAUUUGGGAUUACAGUUAUAGGUUGUGUGUGCUUGCCAUUUGCUUGAAUACAGUUUUUUUUUUUUUUUUUUUUUUUUUUUUUAAUGCUAUGUUUUGAGAUUAUAUCUAGUUUGUACAAUGUACGUAUUUUAUGUUUUAGUUUUGUUAAUGAAAUAUAUUGCAUGUCACAUUAUUCAUCUUAAGAAAUAUUUUGUACGGAAAAGUUUGUAGGUGGAAGAAAAUAUUUUGUUAGUUUUAAUAGAAUAAAUUGAUGAGAAUGUAAUUUUUAUAAUGUGGUAUUUGUUUUUUGAAGCAAUUUUUACUGAAAUAAUUAUUUCUACCUAGAUGCCAAGCAAUUUCUUUCAUUUUCCUACUAUCUGCCCUUUCAAUGUUGGUUUAAAUUAAAUGGUUAUAUUCAAGUGUACCUAGUUCAAAUCUAUCCAUGGUUGAGCUUUUUCUGUAUCACAAUAUGAGGCAAUUUUUUUCAUUUCUAUCCAAAAGACCUUAAAAUAUGCUUAAAAAUCUAAUUAAAUUAUUAUUUAGGGUGGCCACUGUUUUGGCAAAACCAAAUUCCUCCCCCCCCCCCCCCCCAC